AUGGAGCCGAUGGUGCUGCUCAACGCCCUGGUCACCCGCCUGCUCUUCGUGCUGCACUCGCUCAUCGGGGUCUGGAGAGUGACCGCCGUGAAGAAGGAGCCCAAGUACUGGCUGCUGGCGCUGCUCAAUCUUCUCCUGUGCCUGGAGACAGGGCUCACCCUCAAGUUUAAGCAAGGCAGAGGCUACAAAUGGUUUUCACCAGCAAUAUUUUUAUAUCUGAUUUGCAUAGUACCAUCACUAUGGCUACUAGAAAUUCAUCAUGGGACUCAGUACUGUGGCAAUGAGCCUGGGGCUGUUCAGGUCAAUGUCAGCAAUCAAGACUUCAAUCAAUCCAGAGAGAGCAGUCAUGGAAGUGAGGGAACAGAUCACCACAUCAUUCAGACGGCUAAAGUCUUUGUCAAUCAGCUCUCCACAAUCUGUGAGACUGUAUGGACACUGGCUCUCCACCAGACUUUUCUACUGCUACUGGUAGUUGGGAGAUGGCUUCUCCCCAUUGGAGUUGAAAUCACCCGGGAUCAAUUGUCUCAGCUGCUUCUCAUGUUUGUGGGAACAGCAGCAGAUAUACUUGAAUUUGCUAGCGAGACCCUGGACAUUGAGGAUGUUCGGAAGAAUUACGCUCUCAUAAAUGCAAUUCUUGCUGUAUGGACCUGGAGUAUGUUACAGUUUCCACUUGAUCUUGCAGUACAGCAUAUUGGCUGCAAACCAAGCGCGUCGGCCAGGCGGAUCCCCAGCCUGCUGCUGUGCAGGUACAGUGCGGAACUGUGGAACAUCGGUGUCAGUCUUUUCAUACAGGAUGGCCCCUUCUUCAUUGUGCGUUCAAUUCUCAUGGGCCACUUCAGAAUAUUCAAUCAGAUGCUGGUGUUUUUUACAGCUAAGAAUAUCUUAGUUGUGACUCUGCAGUUGUACCGCCUGGCAGUGAUAACCUUAGACUUCCGUAGCACCGUUCUGCAGAAGAGCAGGAAAGGAGAAGUCUGUUGCUGCCCAUGUGAGCCUUAUGAAGCUCAUGCCCAUGCUACUGGUCGCCAAGAGAAUGAAAUGAAAGAGUUUGUUGCUGUUCCUCCAAAAGAGGAAUCCCAAGCUCCCUCAGAAGAUCACUGAGCAAUUACUGACUUGGAAGAGGUUGCAUUUCCCACUGCUUCUUCAGAAGGGCUGUGUCAGUUUCUGUGAUCAAAUACAUCUUGAGUACCUAAGUCAUCUUUUCCAUCAAGAGAACAUUAAUUUCUUCUAAACUGUAGGGGAACUUUUCUCAAGCAAAUUGUUAGCAAUGGGACCUUUUUAAAAUCCAUUUGUAUGGUGGGUUUUGACUAGUUCCAUAUUAUAUUAUUCACAGGGAUUUUGUAGCCAUAGUUUGUAGUAUCAAGAAAGGUUGGGAGCACUAACAAGAAUGGUUAUUCCCAUUGGUGGCAUUGUGCUGACCUAUGUGCUUGCACGAACUCAAGUGGAAGGACAAGCCUGUCCUUUAUAGGAAGCACAAAAGCAUUGAGCUCUACUAAAAUAGUAGGGCUAUGACUACAGUGUGAUGAACAAUAUAUUUGCCAUAUACAGAAGGAACUUCAGCAGCAACAACUGUGCAGGCAUGUUAGUGCUGUUACUGUGACAUGAGAACAUUGUUCAUUCCAGAAAUUUAAGGAAACCUUCAGAUGUUACCUCAUCUUUGGCUGGAUUCAGUUAAGAACUAUGCAACACCAUGAAACUACAUACAAAAGACUCUUGUGACCUGCCUGGUCUGAAUAACCUAAACCUUAACAAAAAGAAAAAUCAGCGCCCUAAUCGCUGGAAGCCAGCUGCAUUUGCUACAGGCAUUUUCUACAGAGUUGCUUGCCUUUCUAUUUCUACCAGUUAGAACAUACACACAACACACAUGGAGAAAACCUCACCAAAAUCUUUGUAAAUACUUUUUUCUUUGUGAUUUUACAGUUGAGACAGUUUUUUAAAUGUCUCCAUUUUGUAUGAUUUUUAUUAGUAGCCUGACCCAGACGCAGACACUCUCUAGAAAGAAGAUAGCACUGCUGCUGAAGGCAGUCUAAGGCAAAGGAUUUAGGCAUGCGCUUCAUGUUUCAUAAAGCACCACAAGGUCCCAUGAAAUAACCUGAGAGAUUGUCUGGUCUGAUGAGUGUCAAGAUCCAUUUUUAAGAAAUGGCUAAUAAUUAAUACUUUACUACUUUCACAUUUGGAGUGAACAACACGGGCCCCAAUUUCUCCCAAGAGCACACUUGAGAUCAGUGUAAGAUCAUUUGCUCGACUUAGCUUAGAGAAGCUGAAAGUAAGAUAAGUGAUUUUUGAAAGUCUGCCUAAAAAUUCUAUUUUCACAGAAAAUGGCAGGUGCUUUUACAGAUUCCUGCAUCCAUUCUGAAAGAGAGCAGAAAAUCAUAUAAAGUGACCUAAUUAAGGUAAUUUCACUAUUAAAGCACCAAAUUAAGCCUUGUUUUCUAAAGCCUUAGCUAUCUGAAAACCAGGGUCUGGUUUCAGGAAUGAAUGGAAGUGUUUCUGCCAUCAUUGCAGCAGUCAUAUACUUAUUUAUCCACAGUCUGAUAAACAAUGAUGCAUUUAUUCUUUGAAAAGCCCAAACACCAAAGAUGUGAACGUGCAUUUAUACUUGUGAGUUGUUACUGUUCUGUGCAGGAUAAGACCCUUCCAUUAUGAAGGAAGAAAAUGAACAGCCAUAAGGAAGUAUCACGUGCUUCAUAGCCCCGUCUACCCUUUAUAUAGUAGUAAUAUUGUGCAACACCUCCUUCUCUGCUUAUUUUCAGCCUUUUUCCAGCAGCAGUUUUAAAAAGCCAAUCCCCACUUGCCAUGGUGUUGUGAGGUAGACAUAUGGAAAAUGGAAUGCAGCUUCAUUUUGGAUUUUAAUUCAAGUCUAGAGGCAAAAAAAGUGACAGCUCUGAUGAUGAUCUGUGCUGUCUAAAACCUUUCACACUGGGAUGAAUUUAGAAUCACUUGGUAGAACCAUAAGACAGCUCUUCCUUGUGCAUGCAAGCCGGAACUACUCAUAUUCAUUUUGAGUUUACCACUUGCUGAUAUAGUAAUUAUCCUGUUAAAAGGAUCACUGCUAAUUAAUUUGGAGUGUACUGAGCUUGCUAGGACAUUAUUCUAAAUUCAUCAGCACAAAAAUUGCAAGGAUGUACUUUUUUAAAACUUGCUAUUUCAAAUCUUCCUUCAGCAACAAACUGCCUACUAGACUCAGCCUGCAGCAAAUGCAAGAUCCCCUGGGGUCAGCAGUACAGAGACUGGUUACAGCCGGAAUAUUUCACAGCAAACUCUAUUUCCUGGUCUUCAGGCUGUUCAAUUUUAAACAGCAGUAAAGCUUCUAAUCACAUUUAUGGUGCUAAGAACUCACUCCAGUGUUAGGUGUUUACAAGAUCCCAUCCUCGUUCACUCACAGACAAUAUAGGCCAGAUCCUCUUAGCGUUUACAAUAAAGUAGAUUUGGGCUUCCCUUUUUUUGUCCCCACUAUUGCAGUGAUGGCAAUCAGAUUGUUUAAAACCAAAAGAAAAUCCAGGCUAACAAAGCAGUAUUAUAAAUUCCCACUUGGGUACAGAAAGGAAUCACAUACACCAGGUAGCAGCAGGAGUGACAUGCAUCUCCCUCUACUCCACUGAGAAGCCUGGAAAUGGCAAUUAAAAAGUCUAGUUAACUUGUAUGUUUUGGGCAGAGCAGCCAACCCCAGUUGCAAGCCCUCCUCAGUUUCCUGUUUCAAAUGUUGGGAGCAGCACUGCAGCUCUGUGUUUUGCAGCAGGCUGCUGGAGGCAGCUGAAGCAGCAGCUGGCUGUGGGGAGCCCUGGUGCCACCCCAUUGCCUUCCAGGGCUCUGCACAAGGCAAGGGGUAGACUGGAUUCACCUGAAGAUCUGCCAGAAGCUGUGGUGUACCCAAAAAUGUCAUGCUUGCUCUGCAGGAAAAGCUGCAGUAAACCUUCAGAUGGGGAAAAUUCAAGCCUCCAAAAUGGAAGAACUUCAGAACAUUUAUCUUAACCGUUAUUUACUCAAGCCAGGAGACCACAUUAAUAAAUCUGUUCUGCAAACA